AUUAGGAAGCAGAACGACGCCGUCUUAGACCUCAGAAAGAACAACAUGAGAAGAUGUGAAUCCCGAAUCCGCAUCACGUUUUCCCAAUCUUCUUCUUGUUCAAUCUUCAUCUUCCAAUCCCAAUCCAUCCAUCACUUUAGGGUUUUAAUACUUGCAGUUCCUAAUCCUCUUCUUCUCGCGCACCGCCAUUGCCGCGCCUUCUCUCUUCGAUCGCCACCUCUCUUUGUUCGUCCGACUAUGCAACGGACCCUCGCGAUUCCUCCGUAGUUUUGCGCAACGGCGUUUUAUCCGGUGCAGCAAAGUGCGUAACUGAGUCCCGUCGGAGUCCAACUUUACACGCCAGAAAUUUCAGUUUUCUCAGUGUGCGUGCUUGUCUGAACGGUGUUCGGUUUAGCUUGAACAACGAUGUUUCCGUUCCAUCCUCAAGGAGCUCCGAAGCACUCUUGCACUCUUCUCGCUGUAACCUGUGGGACCAGUUUUGGGGAGCACAAGUCCUCACAGAAUCAACACGAAUAUCCUUUCCCUGAGCUCGUUUCCGCAGGGCGUCUUGAGGUUCAAACUCUUCGGAAUCCGGAUAAGGAACAGUUUAGGAAAGUGCUGGAGUCGUAUCAACCGAAUUUUGUUUAUUUGCAAGGAGAGCAGCUAGAGAAUGGCAGAGUUGGUUCACUGGUUUGGCAAGGAUUGGAAUUAUCGACUUCUGAAGAUAUCACAGAGCUCUUUGGUUCCACAUUGCCGACUGCUGUUUAUUUAGAAAUACCAAAUGGUGAAAGUUUUGCAGAAUCUCUUCAUCUUAAGGGAGUCCCAUAUGUUAUAUUUUGGAAGAAUACCAUUUCUUCUUAUGCUGCCUGCCAUUUUCGUCAAGCAUUUCUUUCAGUUGUACAGAGUUCGUCUACACAUACGUGGGAUGCUUUUCAUCUUGCACGUGCCUCUUUUGAACUUUACUGUGUCCAAAACAACCAAUUACUUUCUACUGAUAGUCAUGGUGCUCUUAGUGAGAUGGGGCCACACCUUCUUGGUGAAUGUCUCAAAAUCAAUGUUGACCCUUCAGAGAUUGAUGAGGAAGAUGAUGACGAAAAUUCCUCAGGCACUCUGCCUGCAAUUAAGAUACAUGAAGAUGAAGUGAACUUGAGGUUCCUUAUCUGUGGUGCACCUUCGACUGUUGACGAGACAUUGCUGAGAUCUUUGGAGGAUGGACUCAGAGCUCUCUUAACUAUUGAAAUCCGAGGUUGCAAGCUCCAUGGCAAGUUUAGUGCCCCACCACCACCUCUUCAGGCAGCCACUUUUUCUCGUGGAGUUGUGACCAUGCGAUGUGAUAUAUCGACUUGUAGUUCUGCACAUAUCUCACUUCUGGUAUCUGGCAGUGCACAAACUUGUUUUAAUGAUCAGCUCUUGGAGAGUCAUAUAAAAAAUGAGAUAAUUGAGAAGAGUCAACUAGUUCAUGCACAACUCAACAAUGAGGGAAACAAACAGAAUAUUUCUGAACCUCGCAGAUCUGCUUCUAUUGCCUGUGGAGCACCUGUAUUUGAAAUUUGCAUGAAGCUUCCUCAAUGGGCUUUGCAGAUUUUGAGACAGCUAGCACCUGAGGUUUCUUAUCGAAGUUUAGUUGCACUCGGUAUUGCUAGUAUUCAGGGGUUGCCUAUAGCUUCUUUUGAGAAAAAUGACGCUGAGCGAUUACUUUUCUUUUAUCAAAGUUGUGAGAAAGAUAGUGGUACAAGCAAAGAUAAUAUAAUAUUUAGCAGCCCCCCUGGUUGGUUGAAACCACCCCCUCCUAGAAGAAAAAGGUGUGAACCAAGCCAAGGGGCUAGCCUUGGUCUUCAUGACGGUGUCUUUGCAGGGCAUGGUGCUGUUUGUAAAGUAAAUGAAGAGGAAAAGGAUAGAAAAAUGGCGAAUGGCAUUAGCACCCCAUUAACUCCUGCUAGACAGAGAUUAAAAGUAUCUGCAAUGAGGCCAAUCCCUCACAUUCGCCGCCAUAGAAUGACACCUUUUUGUGGACCUUCUGAGGCAGAUGGUUUUGAUGGUGGCCAAGUUGAGGCUAAUUUGCCACUUAUUGCCCCAGCAAAGCGGAGUACUGGAUCAGCAUCUGCAACACACAGAAAAUCAUUUUCAAGUGCAGCUCAAUCUAAGCAGGUUAUUUCAUUGAACCCAUUGCCUCUUAAGAAGCAUGGUUGCGGUAGAGGCCCAGUACAGACGUGCUCUGAGGAGGAAUUUCUUAAAGACGUCAUGGAGUUUCUAAUUCUCCGGGGACAUAAUCGCCUAAUUCCUCAAGGAGGGCUUGCUGAGUUCCCUGAUGCCAUACUCAAUGGAAAACGUCUUGAUCUCUACAAUUUGUAUAAAGAGGUGGUUACGAGAGGAGGAUUUCAUGUUGGCAAUGGCAUCAACUGGAAGGGGCAAAUCUUUUCAAAGAUGCGGAAUUACACAGCUACCAAUAGGAUGACUGGUGUUGGAAAUACCCUGAAAAGACAUUAUGAAACCUACCUUUUAGAAUAUGAAUUGGCACAUGACGAUGUGGAUGGAGAAUGUUGCUUGUUGUGUCACAGUAGUGCAGCUGGUGAUUGGGUGAAUUGUGGCAUAUGUGGUGAGUGGGCCCACUUUGGCUGUGACAGAAGGCAGGGUCUAGGCGCAUUUAAGGAUUAUGCAAAAACAGAUGGGCUAGAAUAUAUAUGUCCUCAUUGUAGUGUUACAAAUUUCAAGAAGAAACAAAAUGUAGGUAAUGGGUAUUCUCAAGGCUCAAUGCCUUCACGACUCCUUUGAUGGUUUCUCUCUUCUGGAAGAGCAGACAAAUUAGUUACCUGCUUUGCUGGAUUUAUCUGUACUCUAUGUUUUAGAUAGAUUAGUAAAAUAUAGGAUGAAAAAAAAAAUGAAAAUUAGGUCAAUCAACAGAAAUGUCAUUAGGAUUAGGCGAACCCCUUUCACCUUUGUUAUUGAUGAAGGGGAACGAAAAUUCCUAAUUCAGAUAAUGGAACUCAUACCACUUUCGGAUCCCCAUCACAUCAAACUCUCUCCAUUGUGAGUUCAGAGUUAGUUUAUUACGAGUGUCCUAUUGUAUUGAGAGGAAAAUGUGUAUAGACUUGUGCACUGAUAAUGUUUAUAUGAUUUAAUUUAACAUAUCUUUUUCAA